UUGAGAGAAUCCCACAAAGAUAGGAGUAUCUUCAUCACACGUCUCUUCAGCCUUCAACUGCUUCCGCGCUUCUCGCGUGAGUCUUGGACUCGUUCUUGCUAGCUUGACGGCGCUGCCUAUCAUGGGCUUUAGGUCAACUUAUCAGCCCGUUUCUCGAGGACGCGUCUCAGUUGCUUGUACUUUGUCGCCUGUCCUUCGUCGGCUGUACCUCGUUGUAUGAUGCUACGUCGGACGUGUCUCCCUGGAGCUGUGUUUACCUGCGACACGAUAUGACCUGGCUGACACGACAUGACCAAACGUUAGAACGGUUAUGUCGUUAGUCCAAAAAGUGGGAUAACAGUUUGCCCCCAAUUGUGAAUUUGCGGAGUCACACAAAGCAAAAGAAACAAUUCAAAUUAAAAAACCGUCUUCAACUGCCUAGUUCGUGGGAUAAAACCGUUCAAAAUUCUAGAGUAAUAAAUACCAAUUCACGACAUGCAAUAAAGUUCCUCACACCAAGUUUUUCGAAAAAUUUCUAGAUCCGAAAGCAGGAGAGAGAAGAGGGAGAAAGCGAAGUCGAUUUUCGCACUGAGUUUGUUCGAUUUUCAGGUAAAAUUUGCUUUCUUUUUCGAUUUCCUUGUAGAUUUUUGUAGGUGAGAUGGGUAGAUCUAAGUCGGUUGUAGCGAGAGGAAAGGGGGAGUCGGGUUCCACUCGGGUUAAGUCCCUUAACCCGAUAUAUUCUACUGUGGUGGAUCCGGCGGCUUUUGUUGAACUUGCUGGUUUGCCGCCGUCGGCGGAAGUGAAGAUUCCCGGUUCGGAUGAGGAAGCCUUUGACUGUCCAGAGGGGUAUGACGGUUGUACCUCGGUUUUCUGCGAUAGGUUCGUCGGCCGAGACGCCUGUCGUCAUAGGAGCCGAAGGCUUUCAUCCGAUUGCUUCGUCGUCGCCUCCACAGCCGUUCAAGGCGUCGUCUGCUGCUGUCGACGUCAGUAAAGUGUCUACUUCGUCGGCCAAGAAGCGACCUGUCGAGACGGAUCCUGUCGAGGAUACGGUUAUCACUUUGCCCCCAAGCUUCUUGGGUGAUGAAGAGGCGUCGGUUAUAUGGCCUUUCGCUGAUCGCUUGAUCUUGCCUACGACGUAUCGACGAUACCACGAGGUGGAUGACUAUCUGGCUAAUGGCGGUACCAUGGCUGACCUGUCGGUGCCCGUGGUGGAUUCGGAGGAGUUGGCGAAGACGGCUGACACUGCUAGUACUGAGGCGACGGAGGUGGAUGCGGCUUUGUUGGUGGUGAGUGCGCCUGUUUCGGACCAAGAGGGGGAGGUUUUAGCUGUUGGGUGCGAAGAGGAGGCCCUUGCCGUCGUUUCUCAAGACGAGACGGUGGACGUGGCGUCGGUGGAGGUGCCAGUCGUGCCCCCAGAGCAAGAGCCGGAGCAGGAAGUCGUGGUCUCUACCCAGGAAGAAGGGAUGUAAUAGUUUGUAGUUUUCGAAUUUUCUGUUGGUUUUUGUGUUUUGUUGGUGAACUUCUUUACUCGUCGUCGAUGGCGGCGACGAGGUGGUUUGGAUGACUUGUGUUUUGUUUUUGUGUUUGGAAUGUUUUUAUUCGUCGUCGGUAGUGGCGACGCUGUGUGUGGAUAAUGUUUAGUGUUUGAAAUCUCGGAAGUCGUGGCCUUAGGGGUCGCGCGUCGUGUGUGUUAAGUUUGUUUUUCUUUAUGGUUGUCCCGUUGCGUUUUGAUGUCUUAGUUUCGUGUAGCAGAUGCUUUGCAAGUAAUAAGUAUUGAACCGACUGAUGUGUAAAAAUCGUACCUGCGUUGUUACUUCGUUGUCUCUUGCGGUCUCGCUCUGAGUCGUACGUUGUUGCUUGUGGAUGUCAUUCGUCGUGCGUCUUGCAUUCUGCAAAAGAAAACAGGGGUUGCUAGGAGGAUUGGCCGUUGGGGAUGCCAACGGCCCUCCGAUGCCUAAGUCAGUAAUGGUUUUUAAAAUAAAACGAUAAAGAAAAGUAAAGACGACGAUACGGCGACUGAUAAAAUUGGUUACGACGAGAUUUCAAAAAUGGUAGAGUUUAAGAUGUGUUGCGUUCCAGCUUCGGGGGACCGACUUGCCAUCUUUGGUGAUGUGUCUGUAUGCCCCCUUUC